GAAGAUGGAAAAUAACAAGCGGUUCAAUCCAUAUGUCAGCGUAGAUGCUGAAGAAGAAAUAGUUAUCUCUGGCAUUGCCGGACGAUUUCCUAAUUGUAAAAAUAUAAAAGAAUUUCAGGACAAUCUUUUCAAUAAAAUGGAUCUUGGUUCGAGCGAUCAUCAACGCUGGACCAACUAUAUCUUCGAGAUGCCUCCUCGAAUAGGAAAAAUCAAUAAUAUAGAAAAAUUUGACGCAGAAUUCUUUAACAUAUCGGUCAAAGAAGCUCAUAUGAUUGAUCCUGGAUAUAGAAUAUUACUUGAGCAUACCUAUGAAGCAAUUGUUGAUGCAGGUAUAAAUCCCGCAGAAUUACAAGGAACAAACACAAGCGUUAUUACAGCAACAAGUGUUUGUGAUACAUAUAUGGAUUUAGUAUACGAAAAAUCUCACAUUGCUGGAUUACCCAUUCUUGGAUGCAGUAAAGGCAUGAUAGCAAGCAGAAUUUCUUAUUGGCUCGGCGUUACUGGACCAUCGUAUAACAUUGAUACUGCAUGUAGCUCGAGUCAUUUCGCUAUGGCGGAAGCUUAUAAAAUGAUUCGAUCUGGUAUUUGUGAAGCGGCUAUUGUCGCUAGUGUCAAUUUGUGCAUUCAUCCGCUUGUAACUUACCAGUUUUUUCGUUUAGGAGUUUUAUCUAAUGAUGGCUAUUGUAAACCUUACGAUGAAGAAGGCUCUGGUUACAUGCGUGGUGAUGCAGCUGUAGUAGUGUACCUACAAAAAGCAAAGGAUGCAAGAAGAAUCUAUGCAACCUUUGUCUAUAGUAAAACCAACUGCGAUGGCUUUAAAAGAGAAGGAAUUACCUUUCCAUCACUUGACAAGCAAAAAAUGUUGUUAUAA